AUGAUAGCAUCGUCCAGCCCGCCGCCCGAAGAGAACGUGGAUUUAGACCGGUCUCGGCCGGGUAGCACAAAAAGCAACACCAGCCGACCUCCGUCACGACGCGACUCGCAGCCAUCCACACCGCCCGAACGUGCGCCUAGCGAGAAAACCGUAGAGCUAAUCGAGAGAAGGCCUGAAGCCUCGUAAGUUAUGACAAGUGAUAAAACAUUAUUUGCUACCCAUUGAGUAUGAAAAUCAUGAAAAAAGGGCCGUCUCAUGCUUACACCAUAUUCAAAAGCUGAUUUGUAAAACUUCAACCCCUAUAUACACUCACCUACAAGCCUUAUACAAAAAGCCCUUAUACAUUUCACCGCGCAAAACACAUUUUUCUUUUCUGUUUAUUUACAAUUCUACUGCAUUUUUUCUUCAAAUUUACAAAUCAACUUUCGGUUAAUUAAAGGCAGCAAUUAAUUGGGCAUCUAUACAACCCUGCGGGGUAGCUAUGUUUACUUUUUUUGAUCAAAUACAUGUUAAAACAGCGAUUUAAACUGUUUGCGAGGCCGCAAUAGGGUGUAAGGUAAGGCAGCCGGUUUAGCGGUUUCUUGCGCCCGAUUAUUUUCACUUUUACAGUUCGUUUUCAAACAACUUCACGGUUACAAAACCGUUUUAUGUUUUCGUUGUCUUUUUAUAAUUUGUCAACAUUCACUUGCCAAAAAUUAUUAUUUUCCGUUUUUCUCCCAGUAAACCCCACCAUAAUUGCUAUAUAGAUAAAAUAUAAGUUUUUCAACCCACAAAUAGUCUCUAAGCUUAUAUUCUCUUCAGAAUAUACUGCUAUACAACUCGAACUCUUUUUCUGAUCGGAGCUUCUUAAUGCGUACUUUUCGCAAUGUUUUUUUUCGGGCUCUUAUGGCCAGUACAAGAGGAAAACACUCAUUGCGCUGACCGCCUGUAUCUGGAAAAAAACAUUGUUCAAGUUUACGAAGCGGUCAGAAGUGGAUUGGAAGCGGUGAACCGUUUUAUCUCUGUCUUGCAAAGUUACUUUUAAAGUUGACAGGCUACUGGAAGACGGCUAAUAAUUUUUAUACUGGUUUAAAACCUCCUGUGCGCAAAAAAUUAUAUACUAUUUCAAUAUUUCCGAGUGAUACCUAGUAAUUGCACAGCUUGCUAACAGAUUAAGACAGAGGAACGCUAUAACUGAUUCAUUCUGUCCUAACUAUUUUAACUUAAUUUAUUAUUAUUAACCAUGAAUCUUAAGAAAAGCCGUAUAUUCAGUCCAAACUCUAAUUCUAACGAACCUUCUGUACCAAAAUCUACCGUAACACCGGUUCAACCAAAGAACAAAAAGUCUUCGGUUCAAAAUCCGGCUUUUUCUUUUUCUGAAACAGAAUCGCCUUUGCAAAACCCUGACUAUCUUUUCGAUUACAGCAGUGUACAACCCGUAACAGCCGAAGGCAAAGGAGAUAAGCCCAAAUCUGGAAACCAGAAGGCCACCGUUUUGCCAAAGCCAAGUAGCAAAGUUUCACCCUUAGCUACAAUGCAGAAAAAGCUCAACUUCAUUCCAAAGAACCAAAAGGGUUCGUUGAAUACGCAAUUUUUCGCCACCGUGCCUGGAGUACUCAAAAUUGCUGAAGUAGUAAGCCUAAUUUCAAACUUUUGUGAAUUUUUCAGACUCGCAAAAUACUAUAUCUUUUAAAUUUCAGGUUCUUGGUUUUGUUGCGUUCGUGUUGGCAAUUUGCGCUGACCGAAACUCAACUAGCUCUGCUUGGACUGAACAUAUUACCUUUGAGUCUACCAUUAUUGCCGGCGUAUUCCUUCUCGGAUAUAUAGUAUUUCCCCACUUAACCAUUGAUGAUGAAAAGAAUAACAAUGGUCUUGUUGUCAUGGUAUGUUGAAACGCUUAUAAAAUGUUGCAACAAAAACAUUUAUUUAUACCACAAACUUAACACCGAAAUUUAGGAGUUAGUGUUCUAUGCCGUCAACACUGUCGCCUACUUUAUUUCGGUCUGGUUGAUGGUCCAUCUUUCAGCUAGCUGGAGAGCUGAUGGCCGUGGUGCCGCUAUUAUGGGAGCAGUAAGCACAAAUAAUUUACCGCACAAAGUUGCCCUUUUCAGUAAAAUUUUGUACUGUAUAUAUGCUUUAUCAUAAAGUCUACGUUUACACCCGCCUAUUUUUUAGAUCCUGAAUGUCGCUCUGACUGUGCUUUUUGGAAUCGAGACUUUUAUCAAAUUCAAGACAUUCAAAGGUGAACAAGUUCUCCAGAAGCCAUCUGAUAAGAAACAUUACCCAGCCAAUGCUUCGUUGUCCCCUGAUCCAGAAAGCGUCUAA